UAUAAAAACUAAGAACUUCGGCGCUCCUGGUGAAGGGAGAGGAGCCAAGUGGGAACCAUGGCCAGUACAGUCAUAGCAGUUGGACUGACCAUUGCUGCUGCAGGAUUUGCAGGCCAUUAUGCUUCGCAAGCCAUGAAGCAUAUGCAGCCUCAAGUAAAACAAGUUUUUCGAAGUCUACCAAAAUCUGCCUUCAGUGGUGGCUAUUACACCUUCAGAGGUGGGUUUGAACCCAAAAUGACAAAACAAGAAGCAGCAUUAAUACUAGAUGUAAGCCCUACUGCCAAUAAGGGAAAGAUAAGAGAUGCUCAUCGACCAAUUAUGCUUUUAAAUCACCCAGACAAGGGAGGAUCUCUUUAUAUAGCAGCCAAAAUCAAUGAAGCUAAAGAUUUACCAGAAGGUCAAGCUAAAAAAUGAAGUGUAUGAUGAAUUUUAAGUUCUUACUCAUUUAUAUAUAUGAGUACCAGCUUUUUAUAAUAAAAUGCCUCAAAGCUACACAGUUUAAAAAUUAGC